CAUUAUUUAAACCAAAACAAAUAUGGCUUACAACAUGAACAAUCGUUCUUACGGAAACAACUACUACGAGGCUGAAAAGGAAGUUAUACGUGAGAGCCCCUAUGGCUCUUACUCUUCCGAGUACAAUCGAGUCGACGAGUAUGGCAACCGUGUCAUGCACCCGGAUGUUCGCUAUGACCACCGUGGCGAGGUUAUGGCCGAGGUUAUACCUGGUCACCGCCACCGACACCACAGUGGUCAUCCCGUCGAGGUCAUCGAAAGGGUGGAAGAGCGCAUUGUUGAUAAUGCCUAUGAUUCCUAUAGGAGGAAUAUGAAUUACUAAGCGAUUAUGAGAACUACAUCUAAUUAAUACGAGGAUUAAGAAGAAUAAGACUUCCCUGAUUGGCCUUGUAGACAUUAGACAUGACCUUGUUGCUACUUGCUGCUAUAUAUGGAUAUGCAUGCUAUCUUGUACUAAAAUUCUAGAUUCUUCAUAAAAGUACUUUAUGUUUGAUUGUAAUUGUAGUAUAUAAUAAUAUGAUAAUAGUAUACUUUAAUA